AUGCACUACUCGUACCUCGUGGCCAUUACAUUACGUACGUAUGAGUAGCGGUUCGUACGGCACUCUAGGAGGUUAUGUGAGUUAAUACCGCACCGUACAGUAACUACUGUCGCAAUCAUGGGUAGCUCGUGAGAAGCAGAAGACAAUCAUUCAUUUUUCCUUAAAUACAUCUACAACGUAGUCAUAUGCCACGCAUAAAAUAUUGCACAAAUUCAGUCUUUUUUCUUCAAAUGCUGCACCACUUACUCAGUUUUUCCUCGUUUUCCUUAGAAGAAUGAGGCAUCCUUCCAUGAAAAUAGCCACUCAUCCUUGAAAACUUUCCGGAAGUUUUUUUUUACUUAUAAAAAUUUCUGAAUUGUUUUCGGCAGUAUGCUGCAGAUUCAAGUUGAUUUCUUAAUAGAGAAAUUAAUCUCUUGCAGUUCAUUGGUCGAAACAAGUGUGAAACUAGUACAAUCUGUUCAUCUUCUUAAGUUUAAAAUGCAGUUUUACAUUUUCAACGGGAAGCCAAACACAAUUGAAAUUUGCGAAUUCCUUUUAUCGAAGCAGCAGCAGUUUACAAAAAAAGCAAAGCUAUUUGCAUGCCACCCAACUGUUUCACAAUUCAACUCGCCGAACACCACAACUACUAAAAUACGGACCGAACUUGUGCUUUCUAUCCGAAUUCCGAACAACAUGAUUGUAUUCCCAGAGAACACCGAUUAUUCUUCGCCCAACCGUUGGAGCAACGAAUCUCCUUCGACGAAGCUCUACAACAAGAACCCCCAAAUCGGCGGCGACUACAUCCAAGAGCUGCACCACCGCACCAACCUAGUCCAGCGGACGCCCUUCGAACAUGGUGCAGGAGGCUUUUUUACUAUGGAAAAAGAAGCUCCCCUCGAGAGCGUCCAUGGCGAUAGCCCCGUUUGCGUGAAGGAUGUAAAGCGAUUCGAACACGAACCGCUCCACUACGAAGAUCCCUGCGAAGACGCAGGAGGAGUAGCAAUCGAUCUCUGCCUUCCUGAAGACGAUCUCGACAUCAGCCGCCACAGUGCAACAGACGAUCUCUUACUGGGCAUCGGACUCGAACUCGAGUCCCAAGACGAACAAGCGCAAGACCCAAAGCUACAAGAAGAACCACAGCACCAUUCAAGAUUGUCGAAACAGCCCCUCGCUCCUAUUUUGGAACGCAGAGUUACCUUUGCCGCGAAGCACGUUGUCCUCAGGUUGGACGACCAUGAUGGCGUAGAUGACCUCACGUGCGGGAUCGAUCAGAGAUACGUCCACCAGGUCUUUGACGCGGUCCAGGUCUGGUUCAUUCCACAUCACACUGACUACUCACCCGAGGAAAAACGAAACAUCUGGCACUCGGCAGAAGAGAUGAGCUCGAUGAAAGAGGACGCAAUCCGCGCCAAGCUGACUUCCCAGCGAAGCAGCCGUAACAAUACUGACAGCAAGAAGAUGCCUACCUCUGAAAAGUGCUCUCUCUUUUCGCCGGUGGUUGGGAAACAGCGAAGCCUGCCAUCGAUCGACUAUGGAUUCGGCAGCAAACUAAAGCAGCAGGAAACGCCAUCAGAGGACAACCUUUCGUCCUCGAGACGCUGCCGCUACGAGGAAAUGAUGGAUGCCGUGCUUCUCGAGCAAUAUGAACAAAAGUUGAUGUGCUUCCGCGUCUACGGCCGGGUCGAGGGGAGCGGAAUCCUCGAUCCCGAUCGCCUGGCCAUGGUUUACUCGAUCACGGGAGACACUCAAAAAGCGCACGAGCGAGCCGUGGCCAAGGCAGAGAGACACCUUCGGGACCUGCUCGAUGAAAGAUGCGACGAUGAAUCGUCCGUGUCAACCACAUCGACCACCAGCUCUUCUUCGACGAUGGAAAAUGACUCGUUGGCUUCGAAGCCGUUGAAAACGACCGGGAGUGGCGCAAACCUAAAGCGCACUCCUUCUUUCAGCGACAAGAUGGCCCUGGAGACAUCGUACUGCCUCGAUAAGAGUGUCUCCUCUCUCUUUGAGUUCUUGUUGACACCCUUUCUCGAGAUUCGAAGCGGUGAUCUGUUUUUGGGAAUCGGAGAAGAAAUGUCCAUAUGAAUCCGGAACAAGCAAAAACAAAGCAUUGCUUCCUUCUCAUUCAUUGUACAUUUUCAUUUGACCUCGAACUACAGUCCAACCAUCCACCGGUGGCAUGGCACUGCAAAUUUUCCGUCUCUUGCAUGCCUGGUUGCCACCAACACACAACUUUUGAACUUUCCCAUUGGGAAUGCGACAUUUUUCUUCCAUAUCUAAAUUUUGCUGCUAUCACUAUUCAUAUCUGCUAAUAUCCUAUUAUAAAAACUCUGCUACUAUUGAACAUCAUACUAACAUAGCAACACUACAUUACUGUAGUAUCUUACAAUUUCCAAUACUAUAAUAUUUCCUACCAUAGGUUGAGUGACAUCGGGUUAGUACCUUCCUUUUUGGCAUUGGGUUGUAUUGCAAUAGAUCUUCUCCUUUCAG